AUGAUGAAGACCAAGGGCGUCGAUGUUGCCAUUUACCUGGCGGCGGUUGUGCUAGUCGUGGCGGCUCUGGCCCACGAGGCGGCAGCCAAGACCGUGACCUGCAACGGUCAAACCCAGCUCUUCUAUUGCAUGCACCCCAACCCCCAGCUUCCCAUGCCCCCGUCGAACAUGUGUUGCCAAGCGCUUAAACUGCACCAGAUUUGCAUAUGCGAAUACUUGCGUGACCGUUUUUUGAUGAGCCUUAUCCCUGACUUGCGCGAGGAUAUAAAAGCUUGUAGGAUCCCUAACAGAAUUUGCCCCCUUUGA